AGCACAACAAGAAAAAAUGGCGGGUACGCGUUUUGUACUACGCAUAAACUACAUUGUGUUUUUUUAAUUUUUAUAAGUAAAACAAACGUGUAAAUAAGCAUUUUGAGGCAAAAUGGUAAAAGCAAUUCAAAGAAAACUGCGCAAUAUGUCGGCCGCAAGUAGAACUGAAGCUACAAAAAACACACGACGCUUGGUAACAGGCAAUACAAAAAUAAACAUAAAAGCUAAAGCAGAUGCGACAACAAUAAAGCCGCUGCCAAGGCUUAACAAUAAAGAAUUAAGAAAGAAAAUAAAUCAAGUAAAUUGUGUGCGCAAGUGUUAUGUUAGACUUAAACGCCUUAAAUUACCAACAAACAACGCUGCGGCGCAGAAGUGCGAUGUAAAUAAUGCGGCGCCAAUGAACAUUGAUAACUUGGACGAUGUUAGCGUAUUUGAGCCUGGUCGAAACUCCACCAUGUGCCAGUCUAGAGUCCAGGACAUAGGUGCCACCAUAUCGCCCUGUCGCGUUCGCAUCAGGCGCGCCGUAGAGAAGCAGCCAGAAACAGCCGAAAAGGCGCAGGAAAACGUGACAGCAUCGAAGCGCGUGCAUCGCUUUUUUCACCGAGAUCAGCCGCCAGCCCGAACCCGUUCCUCUGUCACACGACACGUCUAUGAGUUUCUUUCCCAGUCACAAAUCGAGGACAACGAAGCGCAGGAUCCGGCGGCGGACAUAAUCAAACAAAUGGUCGAAGACGGACGAGCAUGUAUGAUGGUCCGCCACAAGGGCAAGACGCGUAAGCGGCAGGUCAAGAAAAAGGUUCGACCAGUGGGCAAGCGCAAGCAAUGCUCCGUACGCAACAUAGCUGACAAGCAGCCAAACAUGCCAAGCAACAACAAGGCGCCUGGACGGCAAUUAACGCCCGUUAUCGAGCUGGAUGGCGAUUCAAGUGAUGACAAUAUGGAGGCUGUGCACGUUGAGGUGCCCGCCCAGAUACAUACGCCGCCAGCUAAACUGGCUGCAAUCGCAAAUCGAACUAAUAUCGAGGGCGCCUACAGCCCGUUGGCGCGUUCGCUGAUGCUGAAUCAAACCAAGGCGCAUCACCAGCCGCAGCAAUCCAUGGAAAGGCGACGAGAGCUCUUGAAUAUGGCCAAGAAAUUCGUCAGCACACCACUGAAUCGCAAGAGCAACACCGCCACGAGUGUAAAUACAACAACAUUUUCCCCAAUUUUAGAUAAUGCCGGCAGUAGACGCAUGUCGCUGGCAACUACAGCUGGGAGUCUUAGAGCUGGCUGCUCGCCCGGCAAUAAAGACAGUUCGCCGGCAGCUUCAGCUGUUGGUCUCAGUGCUGGAUGCUCUUCCGGCAGGCGACACAUGUCGUUAGCAGCUCCAGCUGGUAGUACCAGCGGUGGCUGUUCGCCUUGGCGUGUUUCCGACGAGGUGCCCCUGCCAAAUACAUUCGCAUUCGGCUUAAAUACAUCAAAUUUGCCAUCGUAUUCCAGUGAUUUUAUACGCAGUCGUCAUAUCUAUGUGCCAGACGAGCCCGAGCCGGCGGAGUCUAUUUGUCCAGCUCCCAACGAACAGGAAAGUAGCUCCGCUAGCAACGACUCGAAUGGCGAAAAUAUGCCGCCUCCAGCAGCAGCAGUCGCGCAGGCGACGCCUAUUAAACCGAGCGAGGACCAAGAGAACGAAAAUAUGGAGAACUAUGUGCAAUUACCAAAUCCGCGACGCACGCUACAGCAUCGCAGUCCUUUAAAGGACAUCAAUAUAUUGGAAGUGGUCGUUCUGCCUUCGUGGAAGAAAAAUGCGCAACCAGAAAAGACGCCCACAAAGGUGUCCACGGCCAGACAUCAGGACAAUGUAGCCAUCAGCAGCCCCAGACAGCAGAACACGAGGGCUCAGCGGCCGGAGCAGUCAUCCUCUAAUCUCUUUGGCUUUGAGGAUUUUAUCGACGCGGAAGAUGAGGAAAAUGCGAAUAUUCGUGCAGCUAGCCAAAAUGUCACGUUGCACGAGAAGCUGCAACGGCUAAAAGGUCUGCGGCCCGCAGAAAAGGAGCUGCCGCAGAUAAACAGGGAACCGCUGCGACAUGCCUACGAUGAUCUGCAAUCGCGUGAGCCCAAACAGCGCAACAUCAAGGAGAUGCUGUGCUCCACCAUGAUUGCCGCGCCGGCACGCGCUCUGAGUACGGAAGAGUCAAUAGCGUUAUUUAAAGACAACGACCCAGAGGCAACAUUUGAUGAAAAGCAACCACGACGCACCUAUGUACGGGAGCGGCCGAAGCGGAAGCGCAAGCAGCGCGUUCAUGUGCUCUUCGUUGACACUGAUUCGUCGGAUGAGGAGGAGGAGAAUGAGCAGGACUCCAAGGACAAGAGUGACGAAUCACCAAGAAAGGCGAUGCCACCGCAAAAGCGCACACGCAAGGAUAUGGAGCACGAGGCCAAGCUGCAGCAGUUCAUCACGAGUUUCAAUCAGGAAUGUGCAGAGGUCGAAAGAUUUCCAAUGAUCGUUGAAUAGUCACGCCCAAAACUUUGGCGUUAAUUUCAUUUGUUUUCCUUAUUAUUAUUAUUAUUUUUUUUUUGGUAAUACUGUCUUCUAAAACUUGGUCAUUAACUUGAAGUUAAGUGCGAUUAAAAAUGGAAUUCCGAUUAAGUAUUUUUAAAUCGUUUCAUUAAGCUACAAAUACAAAAUAUUCAUAGCCAUAAGUACAAAGAGGGCGGGAUGUAUAUUUAGUUAGUCCGGGUACUUAUUCUGUCAAAUAAGUACCCGGAAAUUUGAAAUAAAACACAAACAACUUGUCAAUCAUCUAAA